CUCUCCCUCUCUCUCUCUCUCUCUCUCCUCCUUACUCCGUAGUAGUUCUCGCACCAUUUUAUUUCCUAGAGAGAAAAGAGAGAGAAAGCUUAGGGUUUAGAGAGAGAGAGAGAGCGAGCGCCAUGGCCGUUGUAGCGAACUCCAUCGUCACCACUGGGGAUUUGCGCCUCUCAUCUCUUCAUCGUGACUUAUUGAAGCCAACAAGGAAGCAUCUCACACUUCUGAGUGCUUCAAACUUGUCAGUCAGUCCCGCUCACCCUUUGGGAACCAAUGUCGCAAUUUCUAGGAGCCAAAAAGUUGUUUGCGCUGGCUAUAGGGAAGGUGGCGGACCAAGUAGCGCAAGCGUUUUUGUUGGCGGCUUUGUUCUGGGAGGAUUAAUAGUUGGAACUCUUGGUUGUGUCUAUGCACCUCAGAUUAGCAAAGCAUUGGCUGGGGCUGACAGAAAGGAUCUGAUGAGGAAAUUGCCAAAAUUUUUAUAUGACGAGGAAAAGGCUUUGGAGAAAACGAGGAAGAUAUUGACAGAGAAGAUUGCGCAGUUGAAUGAGGCCAUCGAUGAUGUUUCUUCCCAGCUCCGAGCAGGUGAUGGUCCAAAUGGAGUUGCUGUGGCAUCUGAUGAGGUCGAAGCUGCACUGUAGUUCUUCCUGGCAUUGUUGGGUACAGCAGAAUCUGCUUUAUGGAUGAAUGAAACAUUUUGGCUAUUUUAAAUUAUUCACGUCAUAAAAAUAAAUAAAUAAAUUUUGUGCACCUCACACCUCACCUCUUAACCGUUUCUACAUGAACAUAAUAUGUGUGAUAAGAUACUCGAGUAGCUGAAUGUUAACAGACUUUGCUUUGUUUCAAUGUAAAUGCAUGUUAUCUCUGUGAAGGUUGGGAUGUUGUUAUGUUUC